CACUUGUAAAAGACACGACGACGAGAGAAGAUAUCAGCUAUGAAUUGUAUCCAAGUAUGUUUGGUGUUGGUGUCUAGUUACACGAUGUUGGCUUCGGCCGGUCUGACAUCGUACAAGCUUGGGUACAGCGUUAACGAUCUAAGCACCGUCGAGCAAGACGCGCCCGCAGUAGAGAUGAUCAAAGACUGCGACUCGUUGACGUCUAGUUACCUGGUCACUGGUUCCACUCCAGCGCCGAUCAUGCGCACUGCGGUUGAUAUCGAACCCGCCCGCAUUAUGUCCGUUACUCCAUCACCAAUCCUUUCCCCGAUCUCUGAGUUUAUUUCCGUGUCUACCCCGGCACCUAUCCUUCGUACCGCGGUUGAUAUCGAACCUGCGCACAUCACGUCCAUGACUCCGUCGCCGAUAAUUUCUACGGCCUCAGAGUUUGUCUCUGUGUCCACCCCUGCACCUAUUCUGCGUACCGCGGUUGAUGUCGAACCUGCGCGAAUCAUCGACACAGCAUCAAUGAAGUUAGAGACCAAAAUCGCACCUAGCCCACUGUUGAAAGCUUUCCGUCCAGCGCUUACGACUUUUGACUCGACCGCAUGGCAGGCCAAUCUGGAAAACGCUUCACCCGCUCCGAUUGCUGUAAAGACGGUAACUAAAACCACGAACAUUGGAUCUUCGAUGACCAGCGUGAAAUUGGGAGCCAUGCCAGAGAUCCGCUCUCAAUACACCACCUUAGCUACCGCUGCCCCGCUCAUCGAAUCCAAAAUUGCCACGCCCAUCCAAAACUCUAUUCCAAUCACUAAGUCAUUAUCCUCUAGAAUCAUGUCACUGCCAUCCAUGUCCUCAUCGUACUCUUACAUACCACGAACAUACGCCUCAUCUUACAUCAACACGUACAGCGCUCCUCAAUACUAUUCAACCGCAACCAAAUAUUUAGCUGCGCCUCAAUACUACUCGUCUUCUAUGUCCACCGCACCUCAAUAUUACUCGUCUUCUAUGUCCACCGCACCUCAAUAUUACUCGUCUGCUGCAACCAUUGCCCCUCAGUACUACUCGUCUGCUGCAGCUAUCGCUCCUCAAUACUACUCAUCUGCUGCCUUUGCACCUCAAUAUUAUUCUUCCGUAUCAGCCGCCAACGAACCAUGUGACAAAUAG